AUGUAUUCAACUUAAGCGCUUUAAUAAACUAUUCAUAGUUAUUCUCUGCAAGUGCUUCAAGCUGGUGAUUUUGCGGUACCUUCUGAUAUCUAUAUUAUCUCUGUAGAAAAAUUAGCAAAUUAUUGACUAACUCAAAGCAUUUAUUUUGGAUUGGAAUAAUUUGCCCCUGUUUAGAAAUAUCGUCGAACAAGAUCAAAAACCUGAAACUAUUUUUGUUCUCUAUUCCCUGAUGUAAAAAUCACUUGCCCAAGGAUCCAAAUUCAUUAAUGUACUUCAAACUUAAUUAAAAAAAUAAUCUACCUUUGAGGAAUUAGAAAAGUACUUUGAAUAUUAAUUUCUUAGCAAUGAAAAGUAACACCACACCAUAAUUGUUACUACUCAUAUUGAUAUUGUAGUCAAUUAUUUUGCAAGAUUCCUAAAUCAUCCAAAUCAUGUAUAAAAUUAGGUGCUAUUCACUUUGGCUUUUCUAUUAAGAAAAUAUUGGACAGACACUUUGAACUCAGAUUAACUUGUUGAAAAAUUGAUUAACACAUUUUUUAACAGUCAGAAUUUCACAAUUUUAACCGUAGGAUGUAAAUUAUUUGAAAACCUCUUAAUUUGUGUUAGAUCAUAUUAUUAUGCUUCCAGUUAUUUGGAAUUUCGAAAAAUAAUGAUGAACUUCUUGAAGUACAAUUUCAAUUAAGUUAAUUAGGUAAUCUUUAAGCACCUUAUUGAUUUCUACUCAUAAACUGAUUCUCAUUUAGUUGCAGCACAAGACAUUGAUUCAGUUAUAUUAAGAAGAUAAGGCUUUUGCUGAUACAUUAAUCUAAUUACUAAACUCAUUCAUGACUUUUAAUUUCAAUUUAAGCUUCUAUGAGAUUGAGUCAGAUCAAGAUCAAAAGGAUAACUUUCUUAUAAAUGUAAUAAUUCUAAAUCAAAACAUUAAUUUAGUUUCCUGACUCUUAUAUUUCAAUAAUAACUGAAUAUAAACUCCUUUUAGAAAUGUUCAGAUCAAUUAUAGACUUUUAUACUUUAGAUCAAACAAUUUCAAUUAAACUGAUAACAAUUGUUCAGAGAAUAGCUGCUGCAAGACUUUCACUAUUCUUUGGAAAACGUUCUCAGAAACAAUAAGUGAGAAGAGCCCUCUGGGAAGGUUUACUUUACAUAUUAAAUAAACAUUAAGUAUACAUCAAAAAUUACGACUUUUGUAAUGAAGUUUGUAUAUUUGCCAUCAAAUUAGUUGUAAAUAUCGUUCUUAAACUAGUCCAACUUUACGCUUAAAAAACUGAAUAAAUUUUCAGAUUUAUUUGAUUAAUGUGUAAUUUAAUUUAAUCAAAUGAAUCAAGUAAUAUUAAGUAAUUAUUAAAUCAGGAUACAACCAAAUAGUGUCUUUAUCAAAUUGCAAGAAGUUUGGAAUUAAUUUUAGGUUUAACUAAAUUCAUACAAAUAACAUUAUCCAGUCUAAUAUUAAAAUCUAUCAAAUUCUAUAAAUUUAAGCUUCAAAAUUCUGAUUCAGGCUUUUUAUAAUGGCAACCCUUUCGCAGACAUCCCAACAAGCAUUCCAAUUAAGAAAAUUAAGAAGUUUAUUGAUAAAAGUUUUCGAUUAUGUGCAUAAGUGUAUUAAUAAAAUGCGGUAGAAUGCACAAAUCUACUCUUGGAAUCAUUUAAAAAAAUACCUAUCUAAGUAUUCAUCAUUUAUCAUUUUAGAAUCUUAAUCAAAUGGCAGAACAUGAAUAAUUGAUUACUAUUUGUACUUUUAUUUAUUGAUAUCUAGAAAAAUUCAGCUCACUGCUAUGUCUAGUGUCAGCAUUUGUUAUGAGUCCAACACAAGGAGAGUUAUUGACUGGAUAUGAUUAUUAUGGCCAAUAAAAUAAAUAAGAAAGACCACCUUAGUUUGGUUAAUUAGUGAUAUAUAUUUUGGAAUUUAUAUCUUUUUCUAAUAAAUUAAGUUUACCAGUCCUGGCUACUUAAUAAGAUAUUGAGAAGAUAUAAAUUAUAAAAAUGUAUCACACCUGUAUUUUGAUAUUUAUUCAAUCUUAUAUUACACAAACAGUGGAUGGGGUGUACUAUGAUGAAGGCUCAAAUAUAGUUACUUCUUAAUCUUAAUUGUAAUUAGUUUUGUGUUAUGAAUAGAUAAACAAGUAUAUUUCGUGAUUUAGGAAGUUAGUAAAAUUAUUUAGCAAUAAUUGAGAGUUGCUUAGAACAAUGGUAUUAAGUUGAUUUAAUUAAGUUAUCAAAAAUUUACUUUGAAUGAUCCUGAUCUGGUAGAAUAUAGUUUUUAAAUAUUAUAAUUUACCUAUGAAAAGUACAAAAUUCUAAUUAUAUCGAUAGAUUAAAGAGGCAACUUGACAGAAGAAUAUUUCAAGCUAGUUAAGUAAAUAAUAUGCUGAGACAAUUCUUCCUCCAAAUGGAUUUCACUUGUUUUAAUGAAGUCUAGUAUAUUAAAAAGAGAAAACUCGUGUAUUAAUUGAUUUCGCUUGUUUGGGUUGAUGAUCAGAUGGAUGACUAUGUUCCAGCUUUAGUGGAUAUUUAUAAGCAGAUCAAGAAGUCAAUUGCAAUUGAAAUGAAUAAAAUAAAUAUGUUAAAAUACAUUUGGGACAUGAUUGGUAUUGUGAAUGAGCUAGAACUAGACAAGAUUUAUCGAAUCUUCUUACGAAUAGUGUAUGUUAAUUUAAAUAAUUUAGUUUACCUGAUAUAUUAUAAAUUUUGCAACCUAAUAAUACUAAUAUCUUUGUUUCAGAUUUUGAUGCAUCAAUUGGAUUAACAUCUUUGAUAUGUUCAAUUUUCAAAAACAAGUAAUUUAUAUAGUUUCAAUAUAGAAAUACAAGAUUAUCAAAUGAAAAUAUUUAGCUAGUUCUGUAUUAAGUCUAUGGACAAACAACCAACUAUUUCAUCACAUCAAUAUAGUAUUUAUUAUCAUAAGCUUAAACAUGUUUAUCCUAAGGUAAGUAAGUUUAAGAUAAUAUUUUGAAAAUGGCUGCUAAAUUAAUGAAAGUAAUGGGACAGAUUUCAAGUUCAAAAUAGAUAAACUAAGGAUUUUUUAUCAUCUACCAAGAUAAUUUUUGUUUGGAAUUGUUUAUAAAAUAAUUACAACUCAUCACUAUUUAUAGACCUUUAUUUUAAAAUCUGAUGAAAUACAAACGUUAUCUCUUCGAAUGUCUUGAAGGAAUUUGUUCAGAACACAGUGAAACAUUAACAUAUAAAUGUGGAGCUGAGACAUUUCUAUAACUAUUUGAACUAUCUGAAAAUACAUUAACAGACAUUCUAAAUUUUAAAUCUAUGAAGGGCGAUGAACAAAUCAAUGAAGAAGCUAUUUAGUUGUCAUAGUUAGCUACACUAUUAGUUAAUUCCAUUUAAUUCUUGAUAUAGGAAAGCAUAAUAGGAGAAGAAUAAGACACAGCUAUGAUAAAAUAAAAGAUUUCUGAUAUCUAUGGUAAAGGAAAACUUUUAUUGCAAUCAAUCUUUAGAUAAAGUUUUAUGGUAACAGUAGCAUUUCCAAAAAUCAUUAAAUUUUUAUAGCCCAAUUCUGACAUAAUAUUUGCAAUUUCUUUAUUCGAUCCAAAAGAAGUAUUAAUUUAUAUGAAAUUAGUUUCAAAAUCUUUUGUUGUAGUUGAUUUAAGAAUACAAAAAUUAAUUAUGGCUGUCAAAUCUAAUUAUAGAUCCAAUAACGAUAGGAUAUUAAAGUAAAAUUUAAUGUUAUGUUUAGGUAUGGAUAACUAUUUGAAUAGUUUUACAAAGGAUAACUUCACUAAAUAAAUCAAAUAUGUGUUAGAAUAUGUGUGUCAUGAAUCAUGA